AUGAGUGAACGCGAGCCAUGGCAGCGUGGCGAUGAUGAUGAGAUUGAUGAGGAGGUUGAUGAGAGCAAUUACAAAACGCAAAAAGAUGCAGUACUCAUCGCAAUUGAAGUGAGCGAGUCUAUGCUCACUCCUCCUCCAGCUUCUACGAAGAAGAAGGCCGACCGAGAUAGCCCCCUGACUGCUGCUUUGAAAUGCGCCUAUCAUCUCAUGCAGAAGCGCAUCAUCUCUAAUCCUAAGGAUAUGAUAGGCGUCUUAUUAUACGGCACAGAGAAGUCGAAGUAUCAGGAUGAAGAUGGCGAUUCAAAUGCGCCUGUCUAUCCCCAUUGCUACCUUUUCACCGAUCUCGAUAUUCCCGCCGCAGAGGACGUCAAGGCCUUACAGUCUCUGGUUGAGGAUGACGAGAGUGACGAGGGGAUUCUAGUGCCUAGCAAGGAACCCGCCGCCAUGGCCAAUGUUUUGUUCUGCGCGAAUCAGAUAUUUACCACCAAAGCUGCGAAUUUCGGGAGCCGCAGAUUGUUCAUCAUCACCGACAACGAUGACCCUCACGCCACAGACAAGCAGGCCAAGUCCGCUGCCGCGGUAAGAGCCAAGGAUCUGUACGACUUGGGUGUGGUUAUAGAGCUAUUUCCAAUUAUUCGCGGAGAUAGCGAAUUUGACAUGGCAAAAUUCUACGACGACAUCAUUUACAGAGAUGCUGCCGCGGAGGCGAACAUGUCGGAAGUCUUGAAAUCCAAGUCCGGAGGCGGACUGAGUCUUCUAAACUCCCUAAUUGCCAAUAUCAAUUUUAAACAAACAGCAAAGCGGGCUCUCUUUUCUGGUGUAGCAUUCGAGGUUGCUCCGGGUCUCACGAUAUCCGUCAAAGGCUACAAUGUGAUCAGCCGCCAGAAAGAGGAACGCAGUUGUUAUAUCUGGCUGGAUGGUGAAGUACCCCAGAUAGCUGUCGGAGAGACUACCAAGGUGUCAGAGGACACCGCCAGGACUGUCGAGAAAGCAGAGAUGAAAAAAGCCUACAAAUUUGGUGGCGAAUACGUCUAUUUUACACCAGAGGAGCAGAAAUCAUUGAAGGACUUUGGCCCAACCACGAUCAGAAUAAUUGGCUUUAAACCACGGUCAAGUCUCCCCUUCUGGGCCAGCGUUCACAAGUCCUCUUUCAUCUUUCCGAGUGAGGAGCACUACGUGGGAUCUACCCGAGUCUUCACGGCCUUGUGGAAGAAGCUCCUGAAGGAUGACAAGAUGGCUGUUGCGUGGACCAUUACGCGGUCCAAUGCCAAGCCUGCCCUAGUCGCCAUAAUUCCCUCUCGAGAUCGAGCGGAUGAGGAAUCGGGUACGCCUUUCCUCCCCGCUGGGCUGUGGCUCUACCCCUUACCUUUCGUCGACGAUAUCCGCAACCCGCCAGACAUGCCAGAUCCGGUGCAAGCCUCGGAUGCUCUCGUGGAUAAGAUGCAAAUCAUUGCCGAGAACUUGUGGCUCCCUAACCGCAUGUACAACCCGUCCAAGUAUCCCAACCCCCAACUUCAGUGGCACUACAAGAUCCUCCAAGCCUUAGCUCUCCAAGAAGAGGUCCCCGAGACGCCCGAGGACCUCACGAUCCCAAAGUACUCUGCAAUCGCGAAGCGAGUCGGUGGACAUAUCAAGGAUUGGCAGGCACUCGUCAACGAGGAGGUCGCGCAUGUGAAAAAGCUAAGCGCAAUCAAACGCAGUGCUGAUGACGACGAGGUUGAGAAGCCGAGAAAGAGGACAAAAGCCGAGAGCAAGCCCUCGUCUUCCGGGAUGAGCGAUGCGCAGGUCAAAGCGGCUAGCGAAGCUGGGAAGUUAUCAAAGAUGACGAUGGCGGAGCUAAAGGAUGUUCUUGCCUGCAGGGGCUUGCCGAUACUCGGCAGGAAAGCUGAGCUCGUCGAGAGGUUGGAGGAAUGGGCUGAUGGGAAUGCCUAG